GUGUACUGCCUGCACAAACAACAAACCAGCAGCGAUGCUUCUUCAUCAUGAUCACACACACCCACAUAUUUAGUUGAAUCUUCUCCGUCUCAUCCGCCAAAUACAUUGCGAUACCGAAACCAAACCAUCUCAUGGCAUGGCUUCCUCGUUUUCUUCUUUUUUUUUUUUUCUUUUCUCUCUUUACUACGUAGACCCCUCCCAGAGCUACUACUACCCUUAAAUCUCCUUCCCUCCCCGCACCUAUUUAUCUUCCACCUCCUCCUUCCCCUGCCCUCCUCCUCCUCUCCCAUGUCGAGAACCAUUUCGCACCACAUGCGCGCGCGCGCGCACGCACACCGAGGAUAACCAGUUACGCUUUCCUUUCCCUCUUCUUGUAUGCCCCUCUACGGUGGCGUUGUCAAGCUCGGCUUUUGCUUGGUCGGCGUAGCCACUCUUUGAGGGCACAGGGUCGGAAUGUUCUUUUUGAGAUGUCUUACCACUAGAUCGGCAGCUUCUUGUGCCCAUGUCUAAGUCGGUGAUCUGCUCUGACAAGGAAAAGUUGGUAAGUGUUUUUUUUUUUUCUAUAUUACCACGGAAUCGGAAGGCUCUUAGCUCUUUUUCUCCUUUUGUGGUGGGUUCAGAAUGAGAUAAAGCAGGGAAAAAAGCACACAGUUUCCUUGGUAUUUCCGAUGAUUUAGUGUUCUUGUGAGUCUAGCAUGCUUCCUUCUCCCUGCCCUUUCCUGUGAGUCUAGGCCACUUACAUUUACAAGUUGCUGCUCUUCUUUUUCUUCGUGAACUCGGUUUCCGAGCGAUGGGGAACUAUAGAUUUAGGUUCUCUGACAUGAUGCCCAGUGCUUGGUUUUACAAGCUCAAAGACAUGAGUCACAGAGGAAACAAGAACUACGGCGCGCCACACUUCACGGGGAGUGGCUUAGGCGUGCCCUCAAAAAUAGCUGCAGCCACUACAUCAAAGCCAUUCCCACCUGCAGAGACCGAUCUCCUUCCCAACAGAGCCUCUUGUUACUAUCCCAACAGAACGGAAGCAGAGAGGUUUUCCUUCUCUCCGACCCACUCCAAGGCCGUGGACACCCAUUUCCCCGUGGAAGCUCCGAGGCUUUCCAAGAAAAAAGGCAGGAAGAAGCCGCUCAGAUCUCCCACCAAACCUAAGUUGGUCGCCUCCUCUGUCUCUGCUGGUUGUACCUGUAGAGCUUGGAAUACGGAAUCCAUCCCCGAGUUCCCCUCGGCAGCAUCGCUAGAGGCUCCGCCUUAUCCGCUCGACUACUACGUUGACGUCAAGGAUCUUGAAUUCCAAAAGAUCAAUUACUCCGGCGACGACGGAUUCGAGGACAACAAUAACUUGGCCUCGUGGCAACACUCUGGUAGCUGCAGAUUCAGAUCCUCUGCCACGGACAUCAUCAUCGAUACGGACACCAACAACUCCAUUACUGGAAAGCUGGAGCUGGUCGACGAAUUCGACUCGGUCUCAGAGCUCAAACUCCGCCCGAUCAUCACAAAGCCCGGGAUGAAAGAACCCGAAGCAGCGAAAUCCGAGGAGGACGACGUGGAUGACAAGGUGGGGAUCGGUCACAACGUCAGUCUCGGAAAGGCGCAGAACAAGGUUCCAGUCAAGAAGUCCUCUCCUGGGCUUCAUCGUCUACGAAUGAGAGCCAACUCUCCACGGCUGGCGAGCAAGAAAGUUCAGGCCCACCGCAGCAGGAGGUGCACCGUGUCGACGACGACAUCGGCGACGGCAACGAAGCAGAGGAUGGGCUUAUCGGAGAGCUUUGCGGUGGUGAAGUCGUCGUCGGACCCGCAGAGGGACUUCAGGGACUCCAUGCUGGAGAUGAUCGUGGAAAACAAUAUCCGGGCAUCGAAAGACUUGGAGGAGCUGCUUGCUUGUUACCUGUCGCUCAACUCCGACGAGUAUCACGAUGUCAUCGUGAAGGCGUUCCAGCAAAUAUGGUUUGAUCUAUGUCAAAGUAUUAAACUGUAGAAUCUUAGGGGGAUAUGGUUUUUUAUAAUGUUGGGUGUCAUCAUAGAAUGGCUUCUUCGAGUCUUAUUCGGUAGAGAGCAG